CCGCAUAGGCCCUAUCGCAUUUAUUUUUGUGCUUGCUGCGCUGCAGUGUGUCAGUUAAAGCAUUUUCCUCCGCUCCAUGGAUGAAGUGACAAGAGUUGCCUUCGUUUAGCUUAACCCACAGCUGAAAUCUUUCAGAAUGUUGCCGUAUGGAUAAUUAAGUCUUCGUCCCUCUACUUACAACCAAGACGGUCAAAUAUCUCUCAACUUUCUGUCGAUCGAGAAACUGAAAAAUGGGGAAAAGGAAACGAACCCGCGGCAGCUCUCGUCGAGGGGUGUCAUUGGUACACUGGUUCCGUAACAAGGGUCUGCGGCUGCACGACAACCCCGCUUUGAGAGAGGCUCUGGUGGGGGCGAAAACCUUCCGAUGUGUGUACAUCUUGGAUCCUUGGUUUGCCAGAUCACCUAACCAGGGGGUCAAUAAAUGGAGGUACCUGCUCCAGUGCUUGGAAGACCUCGAUGCGAGUCUCCGCAAACUCAACUCGCGACUGUUUCUUGUUCGUGGCCAGCCGUCUGAUGUAUUUCCUAAACUCUUCCAGGAGUGGGGAGUGAAUCGGUUGUCAUUCGAGGAGGAUCCUGAGGUGUUUGGUAUUCAGCGAGAUGCGAAGAUCAAGACACUUGCAGCGACGUUCAAAGUCCAGGUUAUCACCAGAAUGUCGCAUACACUCUAUGAUCCCAAGGAGAUUCUGAAGAUGAACAACAAUAGUCCACCGCUCACCUACAAGCACUUUCAGUACCUCAUCUCGCUCAUGGAUCAGCCGCCAUUCCCCGAGGACACAAUCACGCUGUCGGACAUCGAAGGAAUCAAUACGGCGAUAACAUCCAAUCAUGAUUCUAAAUAUGGACUCUCAUCUUUAGAAGAGCUGGGGUUUGACCCCGAAGAUAUCCCGCCGCCAGUCUGGAUUGGUGGAGAGACUGUUGCCAAGCAACAGUUGGACCGCCAUCUUGAACGAAAGGCGUGGGUGGCUAAUUUUGAACGUCCACGGAUGUCCAGUGCAUCGUUGAUGGCUUGCCCAACAGCACUUGGGCCGUACCUCAGGUUCGGUUGUCUGUCGCCGAGGCUGUUCUACUGGAGGCUAACGGAGCUUUAUCAAAAGACGAAGAAGACAAACAACAUCCCCCUGUUCCUUCACGGUCAGCUGUACUGGCGUGAGUUCUUCUUCACGCUGGGCUACGACAACCCCAAACUGGACGAGAUGGUUGGCAACCCCAUCUGCAUCCAGAUUCCCUGGGAGAAGAACGAGGAAGCUCUGCAGAGAUGGAGAAAUGGCCAGACUGGGUUCCCAUGGAUCGAUGCCAUCAUGACUCAGUUGAAGCAAGAAGGAUGGGUGCAUCCUGUGGCUAGGCACGCUGUAGCCUGCUUCCUGACCCGAGGAGACCUGUGGAUCAGCUGGGAGGAAGGGGCAAAGGUAUUUGAGGACCUAUUGCUUGAUGCUGAUUGGAGCGUGAAUGCCGGCAACUGGAUCUGGUUGUCCUGUUCCUCGUUCUACCAGCAGUUCUUUCAUUGUUACACCUUCUGCCCGAUCAAGUUUGGUCAGCAGACAGAUCCCAAUGGUGACUUCAUCCGAAAGUACAUUCCAGCUUUGAAGAACUUCUCUGCCAAGUACAUCUGCAAGCCAUGGACAGCACCCCUCGAGGUCCAGGAACAGGCGAAAUGCAUCAUCGGUAAGGAUUAUCCCUUCCCGAUGGUCGACCACAACGAGGUGAUGCGCAGAAACACCGAGCGGAUGAAAAACAUCCUGCAGAACGUCUCCCAAGCGCCAAACUACAGCUAUAAUGAGUACAUCACUAGCAUUCCGUCUCUCCCUCAGUCAUCCAAUAGCAUCUGGGUACCGAGCAUGUCGCAAGAGCCGCAGCCCAAAAUGCUACGUCUGUCCCAGGAUUCCAUGCCCAUGAUGACACAAGACAACAUGAUGUCACAAAACAACAUGAUGUCACAAAACAACAUGAUGCCGCAAGACAACAUGAUGCCACAAGAGAACAUGAUGUCACAAGACAACAUGAUGUCACAAGACAGCAUGAUGUCUCAAGACAACAUGCUGUCACAGGACAGCAUGGCCAUGCUGUCGCAGGACGACGUGCCGAGUACCAGCGCGUACAUUGUGACGAACCCAUCGGGCAUGCUGACACUAACCAAUCCCUAUGCCUGUACUAUGACUCAAGAGAGUAUGAUGGCCCCUCAGCCUUCCCAGAAUGCACUGGGAACAUCCUGGAAUGACCCCAAUAGUCUCGCCAAUCAGUAUUAUAAUCAGUGAUGGGUCCAGAUAGAUUGAAGUAGCAUGUUAGUCCACUGCUAUUAGCAAAUAGACCUUUAUCAUGCUGCCACCAUUUUAGUCAUGUUCCCUGUAUCCAAUAACAGUACUGAAUGACAAUUUUUUUGUGCAAAAAGGAACCAGACUAUAUUUCCUUCCAGCCUCGCUUUGGUUACGUUGAUUUGAAUGGGAAAGAAUCAAAAUGGCUGCAACAUGAUAAUGGUCUAUAUCGGCUCAGGAGUAACAUUGGACGUCAUUGAUUUGUGACCUUCAUCUUGCAGAGAUGAGCUACCUCAAACUGAUGUUAAAUCAUGAAAUAAUUUCGUUUUUAGUUUUUAGCAAGUUACAUUUUCUGAAAAUACAUUAAAGCUUUUCCCAAAUUGUCCUAAGUAAAUCCCCCCUUCUCCGAAAUCUGGUCUGAAAGUUGAUUUUCAGUCACGUAUUCUUUACCCCCUCCCCAAGCUUAUCUUAGUCUAAAACGACGGGUUCAGGAUUUGGAUACAUGUACAGUAUAUGUAGCGCAACUCCUUUUAUGAUGUAAUUUUAUGAAUGCCGUUGGAAUAAUCUCUACCUUACGUAUAUAUCCGAUUUUUUGCUAAAAGAUUAAAUUGAUCUAUAUUUUGAUUGGAGUAUCUUCCGAAAGAUUAUGAAGAGAAAGUAUGUCAAAAAUUCACAGAAUUGUGACGUGUAAAUUUGCCUGCUAUCCUAUCCCUAGGAAUAUGUCUAAAGGCUGAUUGAACAUAAAUACACAUGUACAUGUAUUAUGUAAAAAAUAAUUGUGUUGAAGCCCGAACGAUACUUCCUUCACACGGGUUAUGUAUAGUAAGAACCACUUGUAUAUUUGGUGUCUAAUUGACACAAAUUGUAAAAAAAAAAAUGCUAAACAAUACAUAAAGAUAAAUAUUACGUAAAAUAAUUUAUAACAAGCCCUGAACGAUACGUCCUCAACACAUGGUAUGCAACAUAUUGAAGCAUAGAGUUAUUGUACAUUUGUUGUUAACUUUUCACAAGAUGAGGUAUAUUUGUUAAUUUGAUGGUGGAGGAAAUUUCAGAAUGGCAGUAGAAAUUAGUACAAAAUUUGAGGCUUUGCACGGAGGAGAGAAUAUUUUCAGGCAAAAUUUGUGGACACGUUUUCCUAAUGCUGACUAGUCUUGAUGCAAGGCGUUCUUAGCGUUUUAUUCAUGAGAGAAGGUACUGCAGCAUACAUGUCAAACAUUGUGCAACAGAGGGCCUUUAGUGCCUUGGCCAAUGAACUGCAUGUGAACUUGCGGUCUGUUGGCAUAUUUGUAAAAAAUCAUUGUUUUUGCGAGUUGGUGCCUAGUCCGUACACUCUGAUGUACCGCACAACUUAAGGACGUCCUGGCAUCAAGACUAAAUCUUGACCAAAACACUGAAUUAAAAACCUUUUGUUCUUCUCGGAACCAUUUCUCAAUAGAAGUACAUGUAGUCACUUCAAGUGGGGUAGAACAAAUUCCAAAGUUAAGAUGAACUCUCAGAUGGUGAAAGAACCCUUAUCUGUGUAUGUCCACUUUGUUAGUACAUUGUACACAUUUACAAGUUUCAUUUCAAGAAUUUUAGGGUUAAGACGGUUGGUAAUUAAAACAAAAAUCAAUUUGGUGCUAACAAAUUUUGUGCUUCAUGUUCUGCUAGCAGUUGACUAGGUAUUUUUCUAAAAAAAACAGCAGACGUACCUUGGUAGUAUUUGCUAUUGGACACGAGAGGGUUAACAUAACAUUUUGAAAGUGAAAUUUCUAAUUUCCUACCAAAUUAGAACAUUAACAAUAUGUGUAAUACAGCCACAGAGAUAAGAUGUUGCAUUUAAAACUGGUGAUGUCCAAAGGGUCAUUGUAUUCUUAGAAUUACUGCAUUUGGGUACAAAAGCCUACAAUUCUUUUUGGAAACACUGGUUAUAAAUCUGUGUGUAUGUGUGUGACCAAAUUUGUUGUGGUAUUUUAUUUAAUUGUGUGCUAACUUGGUGAAUUUAAGAGCAGGGUUAUCUUCGGUAAGUACAUGUAUAUUCAGCAUUUUUUGUUACAAGUAGUGCAUUUGGGUACAAAAUCCCAAAUUUCUUUUUGGAAAACUGGUUAUCUGUGUGUGUGUGUGACCAACAUUUUUGUGCUAUUUUGUUUAAUUGUGUGCUAACUUAAGAAUUUAAGAGCAGGGUUAUCUUUGGCAUGUAUAUUCAGCAUUUUUUUGUUACAAAUAGUGCAUUUGGGUCCAAAUUUCUUAAAUUUCUUUUUUUGGAAAAACUGGUAAUCUGUGUGUGUGUGUGAGACCAACGUUUUUUGUGCUAUUUUGUUCAAUUGUGUGCUAACUUGUCAUCUUCGGCAUUUAUAUUCAGCAUUUCUCAGUUCCAAAUCAGUAGUAAGUGGUUUGCCUUUCCAGAUAUUAGACAAAAUGUUUUAAGUAUUGUUUCAGUUCAGGGUAUACAUUCUUGGGUACAUGAAUUAUUAUUCUCAACCAAACUGAUUUUCUUCGUGAAAUAAGGGUCCACAAAAUGUCUGCUGUACACUCUGGUCUACCAAACACAUGAAACGGCUAUAAUGAGUGCCCCUAUUCCUCAAAAAUUGGGAUUCGUCAUAUUAUCAUAGAGCACUACACAAAGUUUCAACAUCAUUGUGGAGGAUGUGUUAUAAGCGAUUAUUGUUUUAUUGAAGCAUUCUUCUGUAAUAAAUUGAUUCAUACAAAUUGCACCAAAUAUUAAUUCCUCUGUUUUUAAGGCAGUUAUUACGUUAGGUUUUAUUUAGGCGAAGUUAACUGACAUUCUAUAUACCACCGGUACUUUUCCUGUACAUUUUUCUAUGGACCAAAUAGACAGUAAUUUGAGAAACAACAAAAAGGCAAAGCAGUGUACAGAAUAAAUUUAGAAUAGCACAUUUGUUUAUUUGUGUAAAAUGUGUAUAACACAUUUUCGAUAUUAAGUUGACUUCUUCCUUGUGCGUGAGGAAAUUUGGACCUUAAAACUGUCAACAUACUAGCACUGUUACUUAUGGUAUUGCCUACUUAAAUAUUUCUUAAAUAAUCUAAAGCUAUCUUUAUUUUAAAUUAGUUAACUGAAUAUUUACUACAGUUUUCAGUUUCUAAUGAAUGAUGAACAGUGUACACUGCACAGUACAGAGCAUGAAGUAUUUUCCUUAAAAGUUAAAACCACACUGUACAUGAAAUUCACGAUUUGGCAUUUGCACACUUUGUAAAAGUUGACACAUUAUGUAUUCAUGACCAAAAAAAAACUUGUCUUGUGGAAGAUUUGACAUUUCAUAAAAAUGUGAUGAUUCACUGGCACCUAGUUUUAAUAAAAUCUCUCACUUUUUGUCAGAUAAAAAA